AGAGUGAAAGUUUUGCAAUUAUAAAACAACGAUGGAGUAGAAAUUAUGACGAAAAAAAGACCAAAAGAGUGAGAAUUCCUGGUGACCCCCAGACCCGAUAUCUUUCGUCGUUCUUUCCUCUUUCUGGGCAAAAGCUCUUUGCUUCUCAUCUUUGAUCUGGAACAUUGCUGAAUCCGCAAUUCAAUCGUUUUCUCAUUGAAUUGGCUCAAUCAGAAUCAUUAACAUCAAAUUUUUGAAACGCAAAAUCAAAACCUUUUGAAAUUUGACAAGAAUUUGGUUCAGUUGAGUUCUUUGAGUGCUUUUAUUGACUGCAACUAGCUAGAUUAUUGUAUGAUUAGUACUGUUUUCUGACAUUCUAGUUGAGAAAGAGAGAAAAAGAGAAAAAGAGAGAGAGAGAGAGAUUAUGGACAAAGUGAAGAGCUUGUUGGGCCAAAAGCCAAACCCUCAGCAACUGAUGAGGGAUUGGCAAAGGCGUCUUCGUCAGGAGACUCGCAAUAUCGAUCGCCAAAUCCGAGAUAUUCAGAGGGAAGAAAAGACUGUGCAGAAGGCAAUUAGGGAAGCUGCCAAGAGAAAUGACAUGGGUUCUGCAAAGGCUCUUGCUAAGGAAAUUGUCACGUCAAGAAAAACUGUUAAUCGUCUUUAUGAGAAUAAAGCUCAACUAAAUUCAAUCUCAAUGCACCUUGGAGAAAGUGUUGCUAUUGCCCGGACUGUGGGUCAUUUGCAAAAGAGUGCUGAGGUCAUGAAACUUGUUAACAACCUCAUGAAAGCUCCACAAAUCGCUGUUACGAUGCAAGAAUUCAGCAAAGAGAUGACCAAGGCAGGGGUAAUUGAAGAGUUUGUUAAUGAGACUCUUGAUGAUGCACUGGAUUCUGAAGACAUAGAAGAGGAGACAGAGGAAGAAGUUGACAAGGUCCUGACAGAGUUGGCCAGUGAGACUGCUGCACAACUUCCUGUUGCAGCAAGGAGAGAAAAGAUUAAAACUCCUGCACAAAGCACGAGUGUAGAGGAUGAGGAACCAAUUGCUGAAGGCGUAGAUGAGGUGAAAGAAAUGGAGGAGUUAAGGGAACGCCUAGCCAAAGUGAGAUCAUAAGAUAUCUCUUGGCCAAGAACUUGUACCCUAGAUGAGCUUGGAGUCAUGUAGAGAAAUUCGGUUGCAAGAACUAAUAUUGUAUAAGCUUCAAAUCAUGUAAUAUUAUUUCAGAUUACUUGAUCAUGGAAAACAAUUUUGCUUUUCAACUUGGAGUACGGCUAAAUAGCAAACAAUUAAUUACCAAACAAGAGAAAGGACAGGAAAUGGGGCCACACAAGUGAAGUGCAAUAACCAAAACGUCUUUUCUUUCUCUUGUUUGGUGACAAACUGUUACGUAUUUAGCUGUUCUAUUUUUAGCUGUUCUAUUAACAUAAUUAUAUACGAGAUAAUAGGUUCACUGUGGUUUUUCCACACUUGUCAAUGUUACCA